UGACAUUUGCAGCCCUUCGGUGCACCGCUAUGGCCUGGACGAAGUACCAGCUGUUCCUGGCCGGGCUCAUGCUCGUCACCGGCUCCAUCAACACUCUGUCGGCAAAGUGGGCAGACAACUUCACAGCCAAGGGUUGCAGAGGAAGCAAGGAGCACAACUUCCAACACCCCUUCCUCCAGGCGGUGGGCAUGUUCCUGGGAGAGUUCUCCUGCCUGGCUGCCUUCUACCUGCUCCAGUGCAGAGGCAAGCAGUCAAACACCAGUGUGGAUCCCCAACAACCCUUCAGUACCCUUCUUUUCCUGCCCCCAGCCCUAUGUGACAUGACAGGAACCAGCCUCAUGUACGUGGCACUGAACAUGACCAGUGCCUCCAGCUUCCAGAUGCUGCGGGGUGCAGUAAUCAUAUUCACAGGGCUGUUUUCCAUGGCCUUCCUGGGUCGGAGGCUGGCACCGAGCCAGUGGCUGGGCAUUCUGGCCACCAUUGCAGGACUGGUGGUCGUGGGCCUGGCUGACCUCCUGAACCAGCACGACAAUCAGCACAAGCUCAGUGAAGUGAUCACAGGGGACCUGUUGAUCAUCAUGGCCCAGAUCAUCGUCGCCAUCCAGAUGGUGCUAGAGGAGAUGUUUGUCUACAAACACAAUGUGCACCCACUCCGGGCAGUGGGCAUUGAGGGCCUCUUCGGCUUUGUGAUCCUCUCCCUGCUCCUGGUGCCCAUGUACUACAUCCCUGCUGGCUCCUUCAGUGGAAACCCUCGAGGGACACUGGAGGAUGCCCUGGACGCCUUCUGCCAGGUGGGCCAGCAACCACUGAUCACCUUGGCACUGCUGGGCAACAUCAGUAGCAUUGCCUUCUUCAACUUUGCGGGUAUCAGCGUGACCAAGGAAAUGAGCGCCACCACACGCAUGGUGUUGGACAGCUUGCGCACUGUAGUCAUCUGGGCCCUGAGCCUAGCACUGGGCUGGGAGGUCUUCCACCCGCUGCAGAUCCUCGGCUUCCUCAUCCUCCUCACAGGCACUGCCCUCUACAAUGGUCUGCACCACCCACUGCUGGCCUGCCUGUCCAGGGGCUGGCACCCAGACCAGGGGGAUGAGCGUGAGAGGCUGCUGAGCGACAGCCGGACUCCCAUCAAUGAAGACAGUUGAGCGUCCCUUGGAGCCUCUGCUGCUGCUAUCCCAUACUCCUUCACUCUGAGGCUGAGGACACCAGGGCUGGUGAGCUUUAGUGCCCUAUCCCCAAGACCUCACCCUGCCCCCCGUUACUGUUCACACAGGGCAGCUGCUGCCAGAGAAGAUGACACAACACUCAGGUCCCGCGGGCUACAGGGGUGGGACCCAGCCCCCACAGGCCAGAGUGUAGCGAUUGACCCCAGUCCUCGCAGACCCUCCUGCAGCGCUAAGAGCUAAGUCGUAAACUUGAAUGGCAGUAUUUCUGAAUCGUAAACUAGAUUGUCAUGAUAGAUUAUCUGGUUUAUGAGUUAUAUAAGGGAAGUCAGUGAGCAGGUUCAAACCAGAGCUAAGCAUUAUAUUUUUUAAAUCUUGUGUAAUAUUUCUUCACUCUGUCUAGAGACCUGGUUUUCAGUAAAACUCAGUAUGUGCUCCCACCUGUUAGCUCUGGAAUGUAGGUAUCCAUACUGCGGUCUUCACUGCCCUCUGAAGGGCAUCCCAGCAUUCUGUGGUCCUCUGAUUAUGUCCAGCCUGAGAAAAGAGGAGCCUGUGUUGGUGUUCUUGUGCGCACACUCAUCACAGGCCUCCUUGGCUGGGAGAGACUGCAAGGGAAAUUAAGGCAGCCCUGGAUAAUUUUUUAAUAAACUUUUUUUUUUUUUGGUAUAUAAGACAAGGUAGUCCAACUGACUUUGAACUCCAUCCUCCUGCCUUAGCCUCCCUAGUGCUAGGAUUACAGGUGAGCACUACAACACCUGGCAGAACUUCCAUUUGAAAGGUAAAGAGCUGGGUGCUGGCUGCUCAUCACAUCCUAGCCACUUGGGAGGCUGAGAUUGGGAGGAUCGCAGAUUGAGGCCAGCCCAGGCAAAUAGUUCACAAGACCCCAUUUCCAAAAUAACCAGAGUAAAAUGGACUGGAGGUAUGGCUCAAGUGGUAGAGCUCCUGCUUUGCAAACACGAAGCCCUUGGUUCAAACCCCAGUCUACAAGCAGAAAGAAAGGUGAGGAAAUUAAGACCCAGAGUUGUAUGUUUUUUGGCAAGAGGGGUCUCUUCCAUCAGCCCUGGCCGAGCACCUGGGAGCGGCUUCACAUGAUGAGUGAAGAUGGGGCUUAGAGCAUGUCUUUCUCCUUGCUCUGUCUCCAGCUACCUGGCUGCGUAGAGAGCCCUCAGGAUAAGGGUUUCACCAGGAUUCUUCCACUUACAGUGAUUCUGGUCAUUGGUUAAGGACUUACCUCUCACUCCUUGUUGUAACAGCCUCAGAGGUGGGUACAGAUGGAGAAACAAUGGCGCAGAGAACGUUCUAGAGCCAGUCUUCUGCCCAGGUUUGUCUCAUUCCAGGCCUGGUCUCUGGGGUCUUUUUUGUUUGUUUGCUUGUUUUUAAUGGCAGUGAGGUUUGAACUCAGGGCCUCAUGUUUGCUAGGCAGGUGCUUUACCACUUGGGCCAUCCCUUCAGCCCUUCUGUGCGGUCUUUGAGGUGAAUUUCUAUGGCUGGACUCAAGACUUCAUGAACUGUUGCCUCCAGGCAACAGUUGCCCACCCUGAAGAAGAACCUCAGGAUGCUGGCAGCUCUUAAUUCCAGUUCUGCUCACUGGAGUGGUUGAGUGGCACCUCAAACCAUUUUCCUGGGCAGCUCAGUCAUAAAACCCCAAAUGCAUUCCUUGAAGUAGACUGUGAGGGAAGAGAACAUUUGAUGAGUGAUGCCGUCAGUAUCACAGUGGGUCAGGGAAGAAUUCUGCCAAGUAAUUACAGUGUGUAGGAGGGACCUCUCCAUUCCACCAGAUCUGAGUCGGGCCCUUUGGGCUUCUCUGACCCAUGACGUGUGUCACAAAGAGAAGGAAACUAGGCAUGGUGGUACACACCUGUAAUCUUCAGUGUGAGGCCAGCCUGGGCUAUAUAUUCAGACCCUAUCUCAAAGAAAUGAACAAAACCACAACAACGGAAGCAAGAAGGAAAUACCCACUCGUUUGAGGGUGGUGAAGACCACACAUGGCAGUCACCAUGUGGUGCCUUAGAAUGUUGUUUGGGACUUUAUUUUUUAAAAAAAGAAAUGGAAAUGGAAAAUUGACAGUUUGGACUUUCUUUUUUCUUUCUUUUCUUUUUUAACUGAAAGGAAAGGGACAUAAUAAGGUACCUGGAAGUAGCAUCUAGAAUGUUGGAGUGGAGCCGUCUAAUAUACCAAAGGCAUAAAAAUCACCCAUUCUCACACUCAUUGUUCAAAUGAAGACACUAAAGCCCAGGUUUUUCCAAGGUUACAAAGCCAGUUACAGGCCAAGAUAGAUUUCCUGGCUCUUGAUCCUUACCCACAGACAGCUCAGAGCUGGUACCCAGAAUCAUUACUGGUCACCUACCAUAGGCUGUCCUACCUGUGUGCUAAACUCAAAGCGUUUAAGAUGGUGUUGGGGAAACCCUUGUCCUUUAUAUGAGUGCUGCCCAGGGGACUCUGGUUCUAACAUUUGAGGGUUUGGGAGAUUAUGAUGGGGGGUUGUGGUAAGGGGAGACAGAGCUUAGGGAGGGGAGGGGGCUGCCCCAUCAGACCUAUGCCAACAACUCAAGCAGAUCACUUCGUCUACAAGAGCUUGGGGUCAUCACAUCUCUGCAGGGGGUAGCAUAGGCAGGAACCUUACCUAAGAGAGUAGAAGGUGCUUAGCACUUUGUGUUUUGCUCAGUGGAGGUAAAGUCAUACUGUCCUCUGGGGACUGCAGCAGUGGCUCUUAGGUCAGCAGAGACAGCCCAAAACCAGAACUUUGAGCAGAGGGGCAGAAAUGUUUUGUUACAAUACACUUAUUGUAUAGUAAAAUGUCAAAUUUGUAUUGAUUAUAAAUUAAACC